AAAGAAAAUCUAAACAAACUGUACCAAAAUCUCAGAAAGGUUUGGCUCUCUCUCUCUCACUCUCUCUCAUACACAACAAUUGGUGUUGAUUCAAAACGAAAAAAAAAAAAAAAAAAAGUAGGGCUUUUCACUGGCGGCGAUAUAGCACGCACGGUGGCACUCUUCAUCUUAUCUGAAAGGAUGAUCAUAAGUACUUAAAAUAAGAAUUUAAUUUCACUCUUUUUAAGCGGAAUCAGGAUGGAUGAUGCCGGGCAUCGUGAAAACGGGCGACAUAGAAUAGAUUACUACAAAGGUGUUCACCCUCAGUGGAAUAUGAUGCCUCAAUACCAAAUGAAGGAUCAAAACGCCAUGAUGAUGAAUAGGAAAAUCAUGCACAUUGUUUCCGAAAGAGACACCGCCAUUGAAGAACGGGACCGAGCUUUAUUGGAGAAGAAAGCGGCGUUAGAAGAACGCGACAUGGCAAUCCAGCAGCGGGAUACCGCAAUUGCCGACAGAAACGACGCGAUUAGAGAAAGAGACAAUGCAAUCGCCGCCUUACGGUUCCAAGAAACCACCAUGAACUCCCACCUCCAACGAAAGCGGGGUCAUCACAACCACCACCAUCAUACGCAACCGUCUUAUAUGAUGGACCCGCAUGUAACCGAAGCACUCCCGAUAACCGCUGUUCCAGGUGAGCCUGUUCACAAGUCAAAGAUAACAAAGGAGAUCAAACCUCGUGGCGGCAGCGGUGGUGGUGGUGGCGGCAGUUCGUCACGGUCUAAAAAACAGAAGAAAGUCGGUGAGGAUUUGAACCGGAACGUAACGACAGACGGUUCGAAAGCGGAGUGGGAUGCUCAAGAGUUUGGAUUAAUGGAUCAGAUCAGUUUCGACGAGUCGACAAUGCCGAUUCCGAUCUGCUCGUGCACCGGUGUGGCACGGCAGUGCUACAAAUGGGGUAGCGGCGGGUGGCAGUCGUCAUGUUGCACCACCACUUUAUCGGUUUAUCCGCUACCCCAGAUGCCUAACAAACGACAUUCUCGAAUGGGUGGGCGGAAAAUGAGUGGGACGGUUUUCACCAGGUUGAUCAGUCGACUGGCGUCGCAAGGUCAUGAUCUGUCUGCACCUGUUGACCUAAAAAACUACUGGGCGAAACAUGGUACGAAUCGCUACAUUACUAUCAAGUGAAAUGACGGGUUUACCCUUUAGCAGAAGGUAGAAGCAGUUUUUGUUUUUGGGUAGAAAGAUUGUGCUUUGCUUUUGAUAAGGGAGUCUGUUUAGUGGUGAAACGUGUAGGUUUUUAUUUUUCUUAGUUAUGGAUUGUAUGCAAGUGUUUUGCUGCAUUGUUACUAUUGUAGCUGCUGGGCUGUCUUCUGUUUAAUAUAAAUCUCCAGCCCAAAUUUUCAAGAUU